AUGGGUACAAUUUUAAUACUGGCUAAUGUUAUUCUGAAAAAUAAUAUCAACGGAAUGCAGAAUAAUUUAAUGGUGACUUAUGUAGUUGAAACCAUGGCUAUGUGGUUUAAAGUUUUGCCGUUUAUUCGAAAUGGAGAAAAAAUCAAGAAAUGUAUCAACUUCUUUGGACAAAGAGAUUUUGCACCAAAAGAUGCACAUGAACAGGAGAUAAAAGACGAAUGUGUUGCGAUUUGUCGUAGAAAUUGUACUGCUUAUUUUUAUGGUAUUAUGGUCACUGAGAUUGUAUGGAACGUCCCUGUAUAUUUUGGUAAAGAGAGAACUUUUCCUGUACAACUUUGGUUACCGUAUGACCCGAUAUCCUCAAGCUUAAUUUACUACGUUACUCUGUUUUAUGCAGCAGCAGCUUUGUCGCCGAAUAUGAAGAGUGCUUUUCGGGAUGUGUAUUUUGGCAAAUGGCUGGAAAAUAACAGUUUAAUAAACGCUAUUUGUAUGGGUCCUUGGUAUCGAUAUGAUGCUAAAAUUAGAAAACUUUUGCUUAUAAUAAUGGAGCGUUCAAAAAGACCAAUGAUUCUGACUGCUGGAGCAGUAGUUAAUGUUACACUGGAAACGUUCGUAUCGGUUUUAAAAUCAAGCUAUUCUUUAGUAGCUGUUAUGAAAAAUUACGACUAG